UUGCGCGUGCUUAGCUUGUCGGUGUGACCGGAGAUUCCCUUCCGCUGACAGGCUGCUGUCAUACAGCCACCAUGUUAUCCCAUUCCCGGUGUCUCACCAGGAAUUUUGGCCGUUCACUCUCUGCCCUCCGCCAGGGGAAUAAUGUGUUAGCUCGUCGGACCGUGGCAGCUCUAUCAGCUAACCAUUCUAUCACUUUCAACAACAAUGUAAAACCUGAUCCCCGGUCCAGCAUCUUCCAAAUCCAGUACUUCAGGACGUCUGUAGCCUACAGAGAUGAAGUUGUCACAGUCAAGACCCCUGCAUUUGCAGAAUCUGUCACAGAAGGGGACGUAAGGUGGGAGAAAGCGGUUGGAGACACUGUCUCGGAGGAUGAGGUGGUGUGCGAAAUUGAGACGGAUAAGACAUCAGUGCAGGUUCCCUCUCCUGCUGCUGGAGUGAUUGAGGAACUUUUGGUCCCUGACGGAGGCAAAGUCGAGGGAGGAACUCCUCUUUUCAAGCUUAGAAAAGGAGCUGGGGCUCCAAAAGCUGCAGAAGCUCCCAAAGCUGAGGCCCCAGCCGCUGCCGCCCCUCCACCACCUUCUGCUGCCCCACCUCCCCCUCCUCCACCCUCAGCUGUGGGCCCCAUUCCCACCACUAUGCCCCCUGUGCCACCUGUGCCAGCACAUGCUAUGGACACCAAACCAGUUUCAGCCAUCAAGCCCACGGCUGCUCCAGCUGCACUAGCAGCCCAAGCAGAAGGAGGACCCAAAGGAGCCAGGACAGAGAGCAGGGUUAAGAUGAACCGCAUGAGACUAAGAAUUGCCCAGAGACUGAAGGAAGCCCAGAACACCUGCGCUAUGUUGACUACAUUUAAUGAGGUCGACAUGAGCAACAUCUCAGAAAUGAGGAAGGCUUACAAAGAUGCUUUCCUGAAAAAGCACAACAUCAAGUUGGGUUUCAUGUCUGCAUUUGUGAAGGCUGCUGCCUAUGCUCUGACUGACCAGCCUGCUGUCAAUGCUGUAAUCGAUGACACAACCAAAGAGAUUGUGUACAGGGACUAUGUCGACAUCAGUGUGGCUGUGGCCACGCCAAAGGGUCUGGUGGUUCCUGUAAUCCGAAACGUAGAGGGAAUGAAUUUUGCAGACAUUGAGAAAGCCAUCAAUUUGCUGGGAGAAAAGGCCCGUAAGAAUGAGCUGGCUGUUGAGGACAUGGAUGGGGGAACCUUCACCAUCAGCAACGGUGGUGUGUUUGGGUCCAUGUUCGGCACACCUAUCAUCAACCCGCCACAGUCAGCUAUUCUGGGCAUGCAUGGCAUCUUUGACAGGCCUGUUGCUGUCGGUGGCAAGGUGGAGAUCCGUCCCAUGAUGUAUGUUGCCCUGACGUACGAUCACCGUCUGAUUGAUGGAAGAGAGGCCGUCACUUUCCUGCGCAAGAUCAAGUCAGUGGUGGAGGACCCCAGGGUGCUGCUUCUUGACAUGUGAACCCACGUAAAUUCCAGGCCCAACCAAACAAACCACCCUACACAAACAGUGGCUGUACUCACCUGAUGAACAUUACCGUAACUGCAGUUGAUGUAUUGUUGUAUUGGUUAACUAGAAAAAAAAAUAUUUUUUUGGAGAACAGUUGGGUUGUGCAAUGGACAUUUGUAAGGCUGGCAGUGAUUAAAGGUUUGGGGCUGUUGUGGAGAAAUUUCAGGGCCUGGGGCUUCUGUGGUGCUGGUCUAUAGAUCAAAAAAAAAAAAAAAGGAUGUUCUAUUACUCAUGUGCGCCAUAUGUCAUUUUCUACAUAAAA